AUGUCGUUUCCGACUGGCUCUUCAAUUCGAUCAUGGCUGCUUCUGGCGCUGCUAGGCAGCGAUGUCAUCGGCAGCCCGGUGGCGCGUGAUGCUUCGCGGUUCCGGCAGCAGAGUGACGGGCCCCAGCACGUUCUGGGCGCAGCAGUGUCCGAGACGGCGGCGACGGUAGCACCGGCCUCUCGACGACUCAACGGCAAGUUUCUCCACAUCACCGACCGUCCGGUGGCAGACUUCCAUCCCGACGAGUUCUACAAGGUGCAUUCGUCGACAGCCGAGACGUCGGCCUGCCACCGCGGCAAAGGCGUGGCCGGGACGUAUGGGGCGGAGACGUCGGACUGCGACGCGCCAUACUCGCUCAUCAAUGCGACGUUUGACUGGAUCGCCCAGCACGUGCGCGACGACAUUGACUUUGUGAUCUGGACGGGCGACAGCGCGCGGCAUGACAGCGACGAGCGGCUCCCGCGGUCGGCAGCACAGGUGGCAGGGUCCAACCGAUUCCUGGCCGACAAAUUUGUCAGCCUGCUCGACGACCCCAAGGGCCGGGGCUUGGCUGUGCCGGUGGUGCCGACGCUGGGCAACAACGACAUCCUUCCGCACAACGUGCUCUCGCCGGGGCCGAACAAGUGGCUGAAGCAAUACGCGGAGAUCUGGCAGCGGUUUAUCCCGGAGGAGCAGCGCCACGCGUUUGAGUUUGGCGGGUGGUUCUACGUGGAGGUGAUUCCGAACCAGCUGGCCGUGUUCAGCCUCAACACGCUCUACUUUUUCGACCGCAACGCGGCGGUGGACGACUGCGUCAGCCCUUCGGAGCCCGGGUACAAGCAGCUCGAGUGGCUGCGGGUGCAGCUGCAGUUUCUUCGUGAGCGCGGCGUCAAGGCGAUCCUGAUGGGUCACGUGCCGCCUGCACGCACGGGCAGCAAGCAGCUGUGGGAUGAGACGUGCUGGCAGAAGUAUACGUUGUGGCUGCGGCAGUAUCGCGACGUCGUUGUCGGCUCGUUUUACGGACACAUGAACAUCGACCACUUUAUGGUGCAGGACACUGACGAGAUCAACUACGACCUCCUCGGUGUCGUGGACGAGGAGGACGAGGAGGAUGGAGACAAGGACGAGGGCGUGGACGGUGGCGGUGGUGACGGAGUAGUGGAGGAGGCCGAGCAGCCGGGCUCGGUGCGCGCGACGAUGGAGGACGAGAUGUUGACGAGAUCGGCGGUGGACUAUCUGCAGGAGCUGCGCAACGGCUGGUCGAAGCUGCCAAACCCAUCUUCGCUGGGAGAGGCGGAUGCCGACAAGAAGAAGGGGCGGAAGGGCAGAGGGCCGGAGCUGUCGCGCAAGUGGAAUGAGCGGUACCAGGUGACGCUUGUGAGCCCCAGCAUGGUGCCCAGCUACCUACCGACGCUGCGGAUCGUCGAGUACAAUAUCAGUGGGCUCGAGGAUGUGCCCGUGUGGACCGAAGGGGCGGGUCACGUGCCCGUGCUUCCGGACGACGGCAAGCUCUAUGAGGCGGAGGGCAAGAAGGGAAAGAAGGGCAAGAAGGGGCGCAAGGGAAGGAAGGGGCGCAAGGGAAGGAAGGACCGGGACAGGGAUGGGAAGAAAGACCCGAAUCUGACGGUGCCCAAGGGGCCAGCCAAGACGGCGGCGAUCGGGCCGGCGUACUCGGUGCAGCCGCUGUCGCUGCUCGGCUACACGCAGUACUAUGCGAACCUGACGCAGAUCAACAACGACAUUGUGGCGGCAGCUCGGCAGGCGGACGAGACGGUUGAAGCUAGCCGAUGGCGCAAGGGCAAGCACAGCGACAAGGAUCCGCGGACGAAGCCGGCGAAACCGCACAAGUUCAAGUUCGAGGUGGAGUACAGCACCUUUAUGGACAAGGUGUACGGGCUUUCAGACCUGACGGUGGGCAGCUUCAUCGAGACGGCCUACCGGAUAGGCGGCAAGGCGGGAAGAAAGGCGGGCGAGAAGACGGAUGAGAAGGUGGAUGACAAAGCCGAUGACAAAGCCGAAGAGGUCGAGCAGCAAGGCAAGAAGGCGCAGAACAAGGUCUGGCUCCGGUUCCUGCGCCACGCGUUCGUGACCACGGUGGAGCGCGACGAGCUGGAGAGGCUGGGGACGUAG